CGCGGGUGGGACCCAUUCCUUUGACGGCCUUGAUUAUCGGGAUGCAAGUUCAGCUUUGGUCACUCCGCUUCCUCCAAUUCAAUCCUUCAAUGAGCUCUGCAACAAACUGCAACUGGAAUUUGGGUUGAAGUAUCUCUGUUCAAUGGAGUCUUCUUGUCUUCUUAUUCUUAUUUGCUGCGAAUCAUAGAGAUAAAAGAACAUGAUUCUAGCUGCAGCUUCAAGUUAUGGUUCAGUCCCAACAUGUCCCACUCUCGACCAGUCAGAAAAACCUCGCCAAACCCACUCUCAGUCUCGCAAGAGCCUCUCCAUAACAAACCAAGGCUUCAAUUCUAACGCUACAAUAACCCAUCGAAACACAAAGUCGUGCGAGUGUUAUGAUUUCUACAAGGAGAUAAUUCCGUACAACGAAGCGUGGUCCUGGCAAAAGAACAUUGUUGAGGAAAAGAAGGCUUUGAUUGAAAGAAAUGAAGAAUGUCCAGACACUUUGAUUAUUCUACAACAUAGUCCUGUUUAUACAUUGGGCACUGCUAGUUCAGAGAAGUACCUUAAUUUUGACUUAAAGAAUCCUCCUUUUCAAAUUUAUCGGACCGAACGAGGCGGGGAAGUUACAUAUCAUGGUCCUGGCCAGCUAGUUAUGUACCCUAUCAUCAAUCUGAGAAAUCACAAGAUGGAUCUUCAUUGGUACCUCAGGGCUCUUGAGGAGGUUGUCAUUCGUGUUCUUUUCUCAACAUUUUCUGUCAAGGCUUCCCGAGUUGAGGGUUUAACUGGGGUUUGGGUUGGAAAUCAAAAACUGGCAGCGAUAGGGAUACGUGCAUCUCAGUGGAUUACAUAUCAUGGUUUAGCACUAAAUGUCACCACAGAUCUAUCACCCUUUAGUUGGAUUGUCCCAUGUGGUAUUCAAGAUCGUCAGGUUGGAAGCAUUAAGAGGCUGCUUAAAAUAGAUCAGUCAUCCAAUGGAUGCAGGGAAACAGAUUUAGACCAUCCUGACAACUGCCAGCUAAUACAUAUCACUAACAAUUCUUUGAUCAAGGAGUUUUCUGAAGUUUUUCAGGUUGAAGUCAUUAAGAAAAACGUCCUCUUUUUAGAGAUUUCAGAGAAAAACUUCUAG